UCUUCAAUUGAUUCUUACUUUUGGUUCCUUAUGGAUCUAAAUGUAUAAACCAAUCAUAUUGAAGAAUUUUACAACAGUUGUACAAGCAUUCUCUGCUGAACGCACGAAUGCACGAUUCGAAACAAGAUUUUCUCCUUUUGGUUUCCCGUUUCUUGAUUUUUCGACUCAAAAAACAAGGUUUUAGCUUUACGUGUCGAAGUUACGCAAAACUGACGCAAGAUCACCCUCCAGUUCAUUGUCUUCGGCCACGAUAAUUUUUACAAGAAAUCAAAUAAUACGAGAGAAAAGGAUUUAUGAGAAUUUGCGACAGCUUCGGAGGAUGCGACUUGUGAUAGCGAUGAGUUCUAAGUUGCCAGUGAUCCUGCGACAGCGCAGUGCAACCACGCGCUUAUUCUACGGAAACCGGUCGCCUUUGGAUUAUCGAACACCGUUGCCGAUUUACACCAGACUGACACGAACUGAAUGCCCGGGUUAUAGGUCAGGAUUAUUUAGAAUCACUCGGAUUCACCCCGCAUUGACGUCGGUGAGAUUUUUCACGAAGAGAUUCUCUGAUCGAGAUCCUCCGAGUGAUGGGAAUGGAGAACAGUCUGGAGAUUAUCCUGCUUCACUUCCUGCAACUGUAGUGGUGCCUGAAGUAUGGCCUCAUGUACCAGUCAUUGCUAUCAAUAGAAAUCCAGUAUUUCCCAGAUUUAUUAAAUUAAUUGAGAUUAGUAAUCCAGUUCUGAUCGAUUUAAUACGUAGAAAGAUAAAGCUAAAUCAGCCUUAUGUGGGAAUUUUCUUGAAGAAAUCCGAAGAAAAUGAAGCUGAUGUCGUUCUAAGUUUAAAUGAUAUUUAUCCAAUUGGAACUUUUGCUCAAGUACAUGAGGUACAAGAUUUAGGAAAUCGAUUGAGAUUAGUGGUUAUGGCACAUAGAAGAAUCAAGAUCGUUAAUCAAAUUUUCGAAGAUGCCAAUCCAAAAGUAGAACACGAGAUGAAACUGACAUUUCCACUAUUAAAUACUACAAUUACCGUUCCUGUAGACGACACAAUGACCAAUAACAAGAUUAACCGGAGAUCAUUGCGUAAAAAAGGAGAGAAUAGAAUUGAAAGAAUAGAAAAAGUCAGUGAAACAAGCUUUACGGAAAUAAAACCGCAAGUACAUGCGCCUGAAAAGAAUACGGAAAAACCAUUAGUUUCAUCAAUUCCUCAAUCUGAUAGUCAACCUAUAUUAAUGGUGGAAGUUGUAAAUAUCACACAUGAAAAGUUUAAACAAACUGAGGAGAUUAAGGCACUGACGCAAGAACUUAUUAAAACAAUCCGAGAUAUAAUCAGCAUGAAUCCUUUGUAUCGCGAAUCUUUACAACAAAUGCUACAUCAGGGACAAAGAGUUGUGGAUAAUCCUGUUUACCUUAGUGAUUUAGGUGCUGCCUUAACUGGAGCAGAUGCACAGGAAUUGCAACAAGUUUUAGAAGAAAUGGAUAUUCUAAAAAGAUUGAGAUUGUCACUCGCACUUUUGAAAAAGGAAUAUGAAUUAAGCAAGCUGCAACAGAAAAUUGGUAAAGAGGUUGAAGAGAAAGUAAAACAACAACAUAGAAAAUAUAUUCUUCAUGAACAACUCAAAGUUAUUAAGAAAGAAUUAGGAUUGGAAAAGGAUGAUAAAGAUGCGAUAGAAGAAAAAUAUAGAGAAAAAAUAAGACAAAAGACAGUUCCUAAACCAGUUAUGGACGUGUUGGAGGAGGAAUUGAAUAAACUUUCCUUUUUAGAAAGCCAUAGUAGCGAAUUCAAUGUUACAAGAAAUUAUCUCGAUUGGCUUACAUCUAUGCCAUGGGGUGUGACAAGUACUGAAAACUUAAAUCUUCAAGAUUAUUUAAGUAUAAUUUUUUUAUUGAACAUUUUGUUUUUCAUUAUUACAGAAUUUAUUGCUGUUAGUCAACUAAAGGGCAGUACUCAAGGAAAAAUAUUAUGUUUCUAUGGGCCUCCCGGGGUUGGCAAGACUUCGAUAGCUAAAUCAAUUGCUCGUGCUUUGAAUAGAGAAUAUUUUAGGUUUAGUGUCGGCGGAAUGACGGAUGUGGCAGAGAUCAAAGGACACAGGAGAACAUAUGUGGGAGCCAUGCCAGGAAAAGUCAUUCAAUGUUUGAAAAAGACCAAAACUGAGAAUCCAUUGAUUUUGAUAGAUGAAGUCGACAAGAUUGGCAAAGGACACCAAGGAGAUCCAGCAUCUGCUCUUCUCGAAAUACUCGAUCCAGAACAAAAUGCGAACUUUCUGGAUCACUAUUUAGAUGUUUCAGUAGAUUUAUCGAAAGUACUAUUCAUUUGCACGGCAAAUGUAAUAGAUACUAUUCCGGAACCCCUAAGAGAUCGUAUGGAAAUGAUAGACAUGUCCGGUUACGUUGCUGAAGAAAAGCUCGCUAUCGCGAAACAAUACUUAGUUCCACAAGCUAGAACUGAAUGUGGUCUCAGCAAAGAACAAAUUAGUAUACAAGACAAUGCGCUCACGGCGUUAAUUAAAUCUUAUUGCCGAGAAUCAGGAGUGAGAAGUCUACAGAAACAUAUAGAGAAGGUGCAUAGGAAAGUAGCAUUUAAAGUUGUCAAGAAGGAAGCCGACAAAAUUGAUAUCACUAUGGAUAACUUGCAAGACUUUGUGGGCAAGCCUGUGUUCACGCAUGACAGGAUGUAUGAAACAACACCUCCCGGAGUUGUGAUGGGAUUGGCGUGGACUGCCAUGGGCGGGUCUACGUUAUUCAUCGAAAGUACUAUCAGAAAACCUUCGGGCAGUAAAAAGGCUGAGGGUACAUUCGAAGUCACUGGUCAUCUAGGUGAUGUAAUGAAGGAGUCUAUACAUAUCGCAAUGACUGUAGCAAGGAAUUACUUGAAACAGGAGGAUCCUUCGAAUACAUUUCUGUAUGACUCUCAUUUGCAUAUACAUGUGCCUGAAGGUGCAACCCCAAAAGAUGGCCCUAGUGCAGGUAUGACAAUUGCUACUGCAUUGUUAUCCUUAGCUAAAAAUCGAGCUAUCAGGCAAGAUGUAGCAAUGACAGGCGAAUUGAGUCUCAUGGGCAAGGUUCUUCCUGUUGGCGGUAUCAAAGAGAAAGUAAUUGCAGCGAAGCGAGUCGAUGUUAAGUGCAUAAUUUUACCUGAGGAGAACAAGAAAGAUUUCAACGAUCUACCUAAAUACAUCACAGAUGGCCUGGAAGUGCAUUUUGUCUCGAUGUUCAAUGAUGUUUAUCGUAUAUGUUUCUCAGAAACGAACGAGACUGAUUCCCUUCGAUCCGCUAAACCAGUCACUGAUCAUGCUUCAUCCACACAACCAACAUUUGGAUAAAUAAUAAUACAGGAUGGAUCAUGUAUGAACUUUUUUCUUUAUCAUAUUCAAUAUUAUCA